GCGAUGAGUUUGCCAUCGUGAUGAGGUAACCUCAACAUGAUAGAAUAUAGAAAGUAGAAACGUUUUAAGUGGGUAAAAAAAAUCCAUAUUAGUGUGAUAUAAUAAAAGAACGUUAACGUAAGCUACCAUUUACGGUUUUCUUUUUUUGUUAAUUCACGUAUAAAAAAAUAGAAAAUAAACAAAUCGUGCCUUUCUUUUAUCGCAACGUUUUUACCUUAAACUACGCUAGGAGUAGGAAUAGAAAAACACGUUUUGCACGUCACUUCCUUGAAAUCAAAGCUGAAAACAGUGUAUAGCAAGCGCUCCUCAGACAAAGCAGUACAGUGAUAAAUAUUUAUAAAUGAAACAAAACGUAAAUGAAAAUUGUUAUAAUUAAUAGAAGGCUAAACUUUGACCUCAGCGCAGCGAGUGCACCUGAGUAACAGUAAGAAUUUCGAUUACGAGUAGUACUCAUUCAAUUAGUAUCUCGGAUCACUCGUCUUGACGACUCAUUUGUACUUUUGUCAUAAGUUCAAAAGAUAAGUACUUUAUAAAGCGAUAAACUAGAAGCAGUGAAUCGUUCGGUUAGUUCAGUCACUUCAGUGUUCCGUCAGAUCGAGCUGGUUUCACUCGAUUUCAACUUUCAGUGUGUUUAAUUCGUCUUUGUCAAACAGGAAUAUCCAGCAACAUGCAACUUUUCCAAAUACUGCCUCUCGUUCUGCUCAUAGGCUUCGGGGUGUGUCAAACCAGCAACAAUUUAGAUUCUGCUGACAUUGAAAAACAGCUCAAAAACAAUUUUCCCGCACUGGAAAAUUUUAACUCAAGCAAACUCCCAACCGAAGAAGAUGUUGAGAAACUCGUUAGAGAAAAGUGCGACAAGAACGGAGGGGGUGAAGAGGCUUUUAAUGCUCUCAAGGAACAACAAACGGAGCUUCAGGCCUGCAUCGAGGCCCAACUUAACGCCACUGAAAUCCAAGCCGAACUCGAAGAAUCUAAGAAAACAGGUUCCAUGGACGAAGUUUUCGGAAAGUACUGCCAGAAGUACCCCGAAAUCUACAAAUGCAUCACAACCGUAACCGAAAAAGUCAAACCUUGCCUUGAUCCCCAAGAACAAGACACGAUGAACAAAACGCUCAACGUCGUCGACGAAAUAAAAGAGUUCGUCUGUUACAAGGACGGAGACCGUAUUGCCAUGUUUAUCGCCGAGGGGGGCGUCGAAUGUUUGGAAUCACGGAAAGAGCAGCUGCAAGAAUGCGCUAAUAAAACUUUAGGGUCCAGAAUACCAACCGACAUGUCGGUUAAUAGUUUGCCUAUGUUUUUGUUUACUGAAAGGGAGUGCGACGAUUUUGAUGAAGUUCGGAAGUGCUUUAACACGGAAUUGGAGAAAUGUAAAGAUAGCACUCCUGCUAAUAUUGUUGAUGCUUUCUUUAAGUUUUUAAAGAAACAUUUGCCUUGUGGUACAACUGGUCAACGAGUAAUGAGCGUGAAGGCAGAUGAGCCGAGUUCUUCGUCUGUCGUCACGCUUUCGUUGCUUGUUGUAGGGUUCAUGGUUCUUCUGUCUAGGUUCUUGUGAUUUAAAUUAGUUUUAUUUAUUACUGUUAUUUUGGAUAGAGUAGUGAAAUGGAGUGAUUGUGUAUAUACUCUAAAUUGUUGAAGAUAUAUUUUUUAUAUGAAGCACGAAAUAAAGAUUUUAGGUAAAAA